AUGAAUAAAUAUAUAUCAAUAACUAGAAGUCUAGCAACUGCUGCUAAAAAAUCAACCACCACCACCACCACCACCACUACUACUACUACUACUACUCCUAUCAACAAUUCUCAACCACAAUUUAAAGUUUUCGAUAAAUCAACGAAAUUUUUACAACGAUCAAAACAUGCCAAAUUAACUCCUGAAUUAUCACGUAAAAAAGAUUAUCUUCGUGAUGAAAUAGCCAUUAAAACUAUUGAAAGAUUAGCAUUUAUAACUAGACCAAUGGAUAAUUUAUUAGAUUUUGGUAGUAAUGCCGGGAAUUUUUUAAAUCAAUUAAUUAAAGAUUCAAAAAUUCCAUCACCACCACUAGAUGGUAAGAAUGAUGAUAUGGAAGUGAAAUUAAUUGAACAAUUGAAUAAAGAUAAACAAAUUGUUCGUGAUAAAAUUAAAAAUUUAAUCAUGUUUGAUACUUCUAAAGAUUUAUUAUAUCGUGAUGUCAAUGAAACUGAUCAAAAUGGAAAUUUUCCUGGCAAAAUCACUCGAUGUGUUGGUAAUGAUGAAGAAACAUUUAAUCAUGAAAUAUUCAAAACUGAUAAUCAAUAUGAUGCCGUUAUAUCUAAUUUAAGUUUACAUUGGAUUAAUGAUUUACCUAAAGUCUUAACCAAUAUUCAUCGAAUUUUGAAAAAAGAUGGAUUUUUCAUGGCAACUUUAUUUGGUGGUGAUACAUUAUAUGAAUUAAGAACUUCAUUACAAUUGGCAGAAUUAGAACGUAAAGGUGGUAUAUCACCAAGAGUUAGUCCUUUAAUUCAUUUAAAUGAUAUAGGGUCCUUAUUAACUAAAGCAGGAUUUUCUAUGUUAACGAUUGAUUCUGAAGAUAUUAUAGUUAAUGGAUAUCCUAAUAUUAUUAAUGUUUGUGAAGAUUUACAAAUUAUGGGUGAAAAUAAUGGAUUAAUAAGUCGAAAUUAUUUAGAUAGAGAUGUUUUAAUUGCUGCUGAUCAAAUUUAUAAAAGUCUUCAUGGUGAUGAACAUGGAUUACCUGCUACUUUUUCAGUAAUUUUUUUCAUUGGUUGGAAGAAUUAA